ACCCGGAGAGCAAAAAAAAAAAGAUGGCUCCUAUCUCCAUCAAGACUGUUUUAAUCAGUGAAAGUGUGGACCCUCGCUGCAAGGCCAUUCUGGAGGAAAAUGGCAUCCGAGUUACGGAAAAACAGAACAUGAAGAAGGAUGAAUUACUGGCGGAGAUUAAGGACUACGACGGCCUCGUGGUUAGAUCUGCAACGAAGGUAACUGCUGAUGUCAUCAAUGCUGCUAAUAACCUCAAAAUCAUUGGGAGAGCUGGAACUGGUGUGGACAACGUGGACGUUGAUGCCGCCACAAAAAAGGGCAUUAUUGUCAUGAACACACCUAGCGGUAACACAAUCAGCGCAGCAGAGCUGACCUGUGCCCUGCUGAUGAGCCUCUCAAGAAAUGUGCCUCAAGCUGCAAUGUCGAUGAAACAAGGGAACUGGGAUCGCAAAAAGUUCAUGGGUGCAGAGCUGUAUGGCAAAGUACUUGGAAUAGUUGGACUUGGAAGAAUUGGAAAGGAAGUGGCAUCCAGAAUGCAGUCAUUUGGUAUGAGGACAAUCGGCUAUGAUCCAAUCACUCCUCCCGAGGUGUCGGCCAGCUGGGGGGUGGAGCAGAUGUCUCUGGAGCAGCUGUGGCCCCUGUGUGACUAUAUAACUGUCCACACUCCCCUCAUGCCCUCUACUGUUGGUCUGCUCAAUGAUGACACGUUUGCUAAAUGCAAGAAAGGAGUGAAGGUGGUGAACUGUGCACGAGGGGGCAUCAUCGACGAGGAUGCUCUGCUCAGAGCUCUGGAGUCCGGACAGUGCGGAGGAGCCGGGCUGGAUGUCUUUGUUGAGGAGCCUCCUAAGAACCGUUCACUGGUCGACCAUCCUAAUGCCAUCAGCUGCCCCCACCUGGGAGCCAGCACGAAGGAGGCUCAGGCUCGCUGUGGCGAGGACAUCGCUCUGCAGAUUGUGGACAUGGUGAACGGCAAGAAGCUGGUUGGAGCAGUCAAUGCGCAGGUUCUGGCCAGCACCUUCUCCCAGGAGUCUCACCAGCUGAUCAAACUUGGAGAAGCUGUCGGAGCUGUGCUGCAGUCGUGCACUUCGUCUAAGAAACCGUUCAAACAUGUCCAAAUUAAUACUAAAGGAGACUGCAUGAAGUCCUCCACUGGUUACAUGACUUCAUCAGUACUGGUCGGUCUGCUGAACGAGGGAUCUGGCUGCUGCCCGAACCUCAUCAACGUGCUGAGCCAAGCCCAGGAGUCUGGAAUCACGGUAAACCAUGCUCACCUGGCGUCUGAUGGGGCUGCCAGUGGAGUGUGUAAAGUGGAGAUCGAGGCCAAGGACUGCAGCUACAAAGCCAGCGGUUCAGUUCAAGGCGGCGUGCCGGUGCUGCUGGAGCUGAGCGACAGUGUGUUCAGACAGCCUGUCGCUCUCACUGGAAACCUGCUGUUCUUCAAGGCCUCCGCAAGUCCUCAGCUCCUGUCCUCAGUGGCUGGAGUUCUGGCCACAGAGGGAGUGGAGAUUGAGUCCUUCAGUGCUCCUGCAGACCGCACUGGGGACCUGUGGUACUGUGUGGGGGUGUCCUCUCUCCCACGGGACCUCAGUGCCUUGAAGCCGUUGGUUAAGGAGGCUGCACAGAUCAGCAUCUGAAUGACGGCCGCCAUGCCUUCUGAAACUCCUAACAUCUUCCAGAGUGUCUAAUAUAAUUGAUCCGUCUUGGUCUUAGUGUUUACAACUAACAACUUUGUCUAGAAGUUGAACCUUUGCUGUUUAAAACAUUUUGAUAACAUUCCAGUGUUUAGAUGCUUUUUAAAUGCACUUUGAUGAAGUAAAAAAAAAAGAAGAAAUGUUUCUGUGUUGUUUAGUUUGCUGCUUGACCUUUUUAAUGCAGAGGUGUAAAAUAAAACGCUUUCUAAAAAACACAA